CCAGCACACAGUAGCAGGUUUCUCUCAGGGGCAGGAUGGUUUUAUUUCAACAAGCUUUUCUCUUUCUUAUUUAUUCGUUAGCGAGCUCUGUUGCCCAAGAUAUUUUGGGAUGCGGCGGUUACAUCAAGAGUCAUGCUGAUAUUGACUUUACAAAAGUGAAAAUAAAACUAUUCACAAAAACUGGUAGUGUAAAAGAUCAGACAGAAUGUGCACCAAAUGGCUAUUAUUUUCUUCCCUUGUAUGAUAGAGGAGAAUAUAUUUUGAGAGUAGAUCCUCCCAGAGGCUGGAGUUUUGAACCAAAAGAAGUAAUUUUAGAUGGUUAUGUAGAUGAUUGUAGCGAAGGAAGAGAUAUUAAUUUCAUCUUCAAAGGAUUUGGUAUUACAGGGAAGGUGAUUAGCUUGGGAAGUGAUUCUGGUCCAGAAGGAGUCACUGUUACUUUGUAUACAAAGAGCAGUGAACAUCCCUUUACAUCAACAGUGACAACAAUAGGUGGUGUUUUUUCCUUUACCCCUAUUCAACCUGGAAAAUACAUUCUUGUUGCAUCCCAUCCCAUAUGGAUAAUAAAGAAAAACAAAGUUGAAGUUGAAGUACAAGAAGGAAAUAUGGAACUACCUGAUGGCAGUCUUGUGGUAUCUGGCUACGAUGUCAGUGGUAGAGUUACCAGUGAAAACGAGCCAGUGGCUCAUGUAUCUUUUAUACUUUUUGGUAAUGGCGCUGCGGAAAAAUGCGAGACCAUACCUGUGACUAAGAAUUUCGAGUCAAAUUUUGAAUUCGCUAAGGAACCGCUUUGUCACAUGACUUCUGACCAAACGGGUAAAUUUGUAUUUCCCAGUCUGUCACCUGGAAAUUAUAAGCUCGUACCUUAUUACGCCGACGCUCAAACCAAGUUCGACGUUCAACCACCCGAGUUGUCCUUCCAAGUUAGCCACAACAGUGUAAUUCUUGCACAAGACUUCAAGGUGACAGGCUUCACGGUCAGCGGCCUCGUUCUUGGCUCCACGAACGGUAAUCCUUUGCCGGGAGCAAAGAUAUUUCUGUCGCAGAAAGAAGUCGCGGUCACGGAUAAAGAUGGAAAAUAUAUGUUGGAGAAGAUGAAAGCGGGCCAGUAUACACUUAAAGCGGAGUUUGAAAACGUACAAUUUAGCGAAAAGACAGUUAAAAUAUCUCCCAGUUCGCCUGAACUUCCGGUGCUAAUACCGUCGGCGUAUAGAGUCUCGGGUAAAGUAACCCUGUCGGCGAAGGAUACGCUACAUUUUCGCAAAAUAUCCAUUCAGAAUACAGCCGCUACGUUCUACAAGGAAUUUGAUACUAAUGAGAAAACAGGAGAAUACUCCGUAUACCUCGCGCCAGAUAAAUAUCAGUUGAGCGUAAUCGUGAGCACAGAAGAGAAAACCAAGGGCUUGCAAUUUUAUCCGCUGCAACAAACGAUUGACGUGACGUCUCAACCGAUUACCGAUGUGAAUUUCUUACAGUUAAAAGCUACAUUAGUAGGCACAGUGCAUUGUUUGCCGAAAACAGAUUGUAGUCAGGCUUCUGUCACCUUGAAAAUACUCGAUGGCAUUACUAUAAAAGCAGUACAAGUUAAGGUUGUUUUUCGUUACGCAGUCGGUCAGUAUCAGUUCACGGACGUUUUGCCGGGCCACUACGAGGUCUUGAUUGAUAACGACGUAUUUUGUUGGGAAAAUCCAAGUUACAGGAUCUCGAUAACGUCGGAACGCGCUGAAGUGCCGCCGUUCAAGCAAACUGGUUUCUCCAUCACGUUUAUAUCUUCGCAUGACACAGCUGUCGAGUAUUCCGAGCCCAAUAACACGAAACUGGUUACCAUAUCUUUGAACAAAGGUAGCACGAGACACUGUGUACAUAAACCUGGCGUGUAUACUUUUGUUCCGAAAAGUUGUCACGUGUAUCCCAAGUCGUCUUACAGCUGGGAUACAAACACGCUCGCUCCGAUUCUGUUGCAUUCCACCGAACACACCCACAAAGGCAAUAUCGUGAGCUCAAGCGCGCAAAAUGACAUCAAAGUGAAAAUUGAAGAUUCGAGCGGCAGUGUCACGACUGUCCCAUUAAAACAUCUAAAGAAGGACAACGGAUACGUUUAUGAAUUCGAGUUCAAGGCAAAAACCGAUAACGUGUAUACUAUUACUCCUUUAUCCAACGUUUUGUUAUUCACUCCAUCUUCUCUGAAGGUCUUUGGCGUGAAUGACUGCCACAAUGAGAUCGCAACUUUUGUUGGAAAUUUAGGAAAGAUUAUAUCUGGACAAAUUUCUCCACCUCUCAAAGACGUGACUGUGUACAUAUUUGGGAAAGAUAAGGAAGUUCCAAUUCACACGGUAAUUACACAGGAGGAUGGCAGCUACAGCGUUGGACCUUUGGAUGGGAAAAUCGAAUAUAGUGUUAAAGCUGAGAAGGAUGGUUUUGUGAUAACCGGACCUGAUGCUAAGGGAACAUUUUUGGCGCACAAGUUGGCAGAAAUUAUCGUGCAAGUUUCUGAUCGUGCUGACAAUUCUUCAUUGCAGGGUGUGCUUCUUUCUUUGUCCGGCAGUCAAGGCUACCGCAAGAACAGUAUAACUGGCGACGGUGGAAAAUUCAUAUUCAAUUCUUUGUCCCCGGGCGAGUACUAUCUUCGACCCAUGAUGAAGGAGUAUCGCUUCGAUCCGUCCUCGAAGAUGAUCAAUAUCUUUGAGGGAGCAACCGUCCAAGUGAAUUUGUUUGGCAACAGAGUCGCGUUCAGUGCUUACGGCACGGUAACAUCCUUGAAUAGAGAACCGGAAGUUGGUCUGGUGGUCGAGGUACAAGGCCAAGGAAACUGUUCUGACCUUCAAGAGGAAACUACGACCGAGGAGAACGGCAAUUUCAGAAUUCGCGGUCUCCAGCCGACAUGCAACUAUAUCUUUCGGUUGAAACCAAACGUGGAGACUAAUGCUCAUAUACAGCGCACGAUUCCCAGUUUGCAGCAGUUGCAGCCCGUAGAGGAUAUUCAUGGCCUGAGGCUGGUCGCCUUCCGUCCGAUUUCGCGUACGGAUGUUUCCGUGCACGUCACGUCCGACCAGCCGGAGUACUACCGUACAAUCAAGGUGAAGCUGUGCCGUGAGAACGCGCCCGACACGCCGGUGCACGUCUCGAAGCUGGACGCGCAACAAUUCACCAGCAAAACCGUUGGCAGCUACAACGCCGGCUUCCUGGUGCACUUCCCGCCGUUGCAAGCCGAUGGCAGGAAAUAUUUUGUGCAACUCGAGUCGUCGCUAUCGCAGACCGCGCACAAGUACCGGACCGUUCCAGUCUACUUCGAGGCAAAUUCGUCGUUCAAGUACUUCAAACUGGCGUUCAACGCAGAACCGAAGAGCGAUCAGAAUGAAAUGAAUCAGACAUCGGUAGUCGCGCUGCCGUUCAUUAUUUUAGUUGGACUAGCGUUCUCCAAUCGCGAAAGAUUAUGGACCUGGCUGAAUGCGCUGCUCGAGAAACGCUCAAAGCCUAUACCGAGCUCCAGAACGCCUGUCCAAGCGAUUCCUAUUGAUCCGAGAGCGGACGACAUCAUCGUUGAGCAGAUAAUGAACAUCAACAAAAGAAAAACAAAAGCACGGAAGACAUAAAUUAUUGUGUUGUUUUUCACACAAAUUAUUUUCAAUGAUGAUCUCUUAACACAGUGCAAACCAGGAUUUAUAAUUACUAUUAUUUGCCGACGUAUAAUGUGUUAAGAAGAAACAAUUUGUUGUUGUACGGUGGAUUAAAAAUUACAUAACAAAUACCACGUGUAAUAAUAAACGACUUAUUACUAUUAGUAAGUGGUAUUUCUCAAUUUGAUUGUGUCUGGAGACAAAAUAUUUAUUUCAUUUUGUGGUUUUUCGGUUCAGAAUUAUAAUUAUUUACAUGUCUACACAGAAUUGAACGUUUUACGAAAAAAAGUUAAUUUGAGAUAUUUACUCAAAAUCUAAUGGAAUACAUAACAACAUUGUAUUCUAUUAAUUUUUGAAAAAAAAACCUUUAUGCGAUUAUGUAUAAAAACUUGAUCUUAUAUAUUUUAACGCGUGACGUUAAACGAAACUAUAAUCUGCAAUGAUUUUCAGGAUCGCACGUGUGUUAUUUGAUACGUAAUCACUUAAAUGAUCAAUUCUGCAGCAGAUAUAUGAGUUUGGACAUUUUUUAUCGUUGAAAUUUAUGCGCGAAGCUGCACGAACUUUUUUGUUUAUAUCCGAUAAUAUAAAAAAAAACAUGUAUGAAUGUGUGUAAAACUUGUGUGCUAUAUUUAUAAUUUAGAUGUUUAUAUUCAAACUUGUUAUUAAAAGUUCCUAUUGAAAAUAUU